AUGCGACUCCCCCCCCCCCCCCCUCGAGCCCCUCCGCUCUCCGGGCGCGCUCCGCGCGCCGGGGGAGGGGUGUCGGAUCGAGGCUGGGUUCAGCGCCGGUCCGAGAAGUCCGCGCGGACCCUCGAAGCCUUGCGCGUGUGCUGUUCGUUUGUUCUCCUGGCCGUCGUCCCCGACGAGAGGAAGCUGGCCAAGUUCAACAAGCAGUUGAUGCUGGUGCUGUCCUCGCUGAUGGGGGUGGACCGUCUGCUGCUCCGCCUGAGGGAGCUGCAGCAGCAGGAGGUGCAGCGCUUCUGCCGCGCGGUCUCGCAGCUGUCGGACUCGGGAGGUGGCGGCACCCACAGAGAAGAGACCUCGGGAACUUUCAAGCGGUCGGCAACGCAGCCCACGUGGUCCACGACGCAGUCCACAGAGGCCCCCUCGCAGGAGAGCCAGGCAAGCCGCUCCCCGCAGCGCUUCCUGGAGCUCGCGAAGCUACUUCCCACGGAAGCGCCUCACAAGCCGCCAGCGAAGGAGGAGGUGCUCCACAUCCGGCAGUGGCUGCGCUGCGGGGCCCCGCUGGGCGCGGACCCCCACGCCUUCGAUAGGCGGGAUCCUUCCAACUUCUGCCUCGUUAGCAUCCUCACCAUGCUCCUGUUCCUCAUCCUUGCGCCAGAGGGUCGUGGGCUACCUGCACGACAGGCUGCUGUGCCGGCUGCGGGACCGCAAAUUCGAGUGCCCGAGAUCGUGCCGCCGCAAGCUCGCGCCCGACCCGACGAGGACGAUAGGGCCCAGGCAGGUCGUGCUGAAGCAGGAUGGCAGCUUCAUCCUGGGGGACAUAUUGGUCGCGCGCAACCCUUGCCAACUACCAUCCGACGUUCAGGUAUUCGAAGGCGUGGACGGCAAACACAUUGA